CGGCCGGGAGCGCAGGGGCGGCAGUACGCGCCUACCAGUGUCCCGGCAGGGUCCGUGCCGCCAUGGGGCAGAUCGAGUGGGCCAUGUGGGCCAACGAGCAGGCGCUGGCGUCCGGCCUGAUCCUCAUCACCGGGGGCAUCGUGGCCACAGCUGGCCGCUUCACCCAGUGGUACUUUGGCGCCUACUCCAUCGUGGCGGGCGUGUUUGUCUGCCUGCUGGAGUAUCCCCGGGGGAAGAGGAAGAAGGGCUCCACCAUGGAGCGCUGGGGACAGAAGUACAUGACCUCCGUGGUGAAGCUGUUCGGGCCCCUCACCAGGAAUUACUACGUUCGGGCCGUCCUGCACCUCCUGCUCUCGGUGCCCGCCGGCUUCCUGCUGGCCACCAUCCUCGGGACUGCCUGCCUGGCCAUCGCGAGCGGCAUCUACCUGUUGGUGAGUGGCGCCCUCUGAGGUUAGCCCCAGCCACCCCCACCCCCUGCCCUGACACCCUCGGACAUACGUGGCCCUUGAAGCCAGCUCUGUAGGCUGAGCCGAGGCUGGGAGCAAGCGCGAGCGCGGGCGUGUGCUCACAGCACCGCCGGGACGCAGCAGUUGCCGCUGCCGUUUUUGGCGCGUCUGGUGUGUUGGGUCAUUUCCCUGCAUUUCUUCAUCAACCCGCACCACGGCCCUGGGAGGGGUACUGGUGUCCCCACUUUGCA